UUGCUCUGCUGCUGCUGCUGCUCUGGGUGCCUGGUCCGCUGUCUUCGCUCUGCUCUGCGAGGGAGCCCUGGCCAGAGAGGGCUGCUGGCGGGGCUUGCCUUGCCUCUUCCUCCCCUCCUGGCUUUUGGGGAGACUGCGCUGCGCCAUGUAGUGUGGGGGAGCCCUUGCUUUCCCCUUCUCCUUCUUCUUCGUCGCCUUGGCCAAAGGGAGCCCAGAAAGAGCAGCAGCAGGAGGAGGAGGAGAGGCAAGGGACGGACAAGAGGAGAGGGACUGGGCAGCCCCAGAGGAGCCCUGGCCAUCUCGCCUGGGUGGAGAUUCAGGGUGGUGUGGCAGAGAUAGAAGCUUGAAGUCAUGACGUGAAAAUGCAUGAUAUGUAUGAAAUGACUUAUUCAUGGAGGAUCAUAAAACAAAAGGAUCAUAAAACAAAAUUAAUGAAGUAAUCCUAAAAUAUAUUGCUUCAAGUGUUUUUCAGAAUUACAAGCUGCCCUUGUCAACUUCAACUCAUGGCUACCCUGUGAAUGAGACAUCUCCAAGUCCCAAUCCUGCGGGAGAGGCUACCUCCAAGCUGGUCCUGACUGCACCUAGCUCAGUAGCUCUGCUCAAGCAAAUAUAAGGCCUUCUCAUCAGAAGCAAUGCAUGGGAAAUCCACCAUCUAUACUGUCUAGAGGAUUCUGCCAGAAAGAGAGUAAUGUUCUCUUAACACCAGCGAAUCUAAAUGAGGAUCACUUUGAAAGAUAGAAACCCUUUUCAAUACAAAUGCCAAUGUCUUGUGAGAACUGAGCACUUCAGCCCUUUGCAGUACACCCUUGUUAUAUCAUGGGACCAGACAGUGGGUUCUUCAGCACCGGGCUGCUUCAUAUCAUCGUAUGGGGAGGCUUGGCAGCCAUGACAAUGCUCCUGUUUUUCAGCUUUCUUGUCUUCCUCUGCUCUAGCUGUGACAGGGAGAAGAGACCCAAGCAGCAGAAUGGCGACCAUGAAAAUCUAAUGAAUGUGCCAUCAGAUAAAGAGGCAUUUAGUCACUCAGUCACAAGCCUGACGACAGAUCCACUUGCCAGCAGUGAACAGAAUGGAGGACUCAGUAAUGGUGAUGUUCUCUCAGAAGAUAGCACAACUGCUUGUAUCCAGCCUUAUGAAGAAGUGCAAACAUCAGUUACUGAUCUGUUGGAACCACAAGACAGCUUGGGAAGGUCUUUAAAAUGUCAUCAGAGCAGAGAGCUACCUAGAAUUCCCCCAAAUAAUGCCAUAGAAACUAUUUUGUCUACUAGAAAUACAGAAAAUGAUCAGAGUCUGGGAAUGGAAGGGCCUUAUGAAGUGCUGAAAGACAGCUCCUCCCAAGAAAAUAUAGUUGAAGACUGUUUAUAUGAAACUGUGAAGGAAAUUAAGGAGUUGGGAGCAACAUCCAACACAGAGAAGAGCAAACCAAAAACUGCAGUGGUUGUUAAUGGAAGACUAGACCAUGUUCUGGCACACAAGGUUGAAUCAGCUGAGUAUGCCUCAGUUGACAGAAAUAAGAAAAGCCGACAGAGUGCUAAUUCAGAGAGUCCUCUUAGCAGCACUCCAGAUGUGGAGGAUGAGCCACCACCUCCAGUACCCCUGAAACUCCUUGAUGAAAAUGAAAACGUGCAGAAGAAGGAAGCCAAAGAGGAGGAAGAAGUGGCAGAAGGACCUAGCGAACCUGACAAGAGGCUUAGUUCAUUGUCUUACAAAUCUCGGGAAGAUGACCCAUCACUUACAGAAGACGAGAUUUCAGCAAUGUACUCCUCUGUAAAUAAGCCAGGGUUGGCCACCAGAGACUUGGAGUCUACAUACACCUGUAUUCCAGAAACCGUACCUCAAAAGUCACCAUCUAUUUGCAGUGCCCUCUAUGCUAGUGUAAAAGACUUGGAAAAUACCCCAAACUUUACUGCCUUUCCUCAGUCAGGAGAAAGACUUAAUGGGGAAUUAGAGCCAGACUAUGAAGCCAUUCAGACUGUACAUCGUGAAGAAGACAGAAAUGGUUUGGUCCACAACAGCAGCCAAUCAGGUCUCUCACAAGAGAAUGACUAUGAGAGUAUUGGGGACUUACAGCAAAACAAAGAUGUCACAAGGCUUUAAUGAAGUCAAACACAAGUUUGUGGGGACUGGUUUUAUCAGCAUGAGCAUCAGGAGAUCCAUGCUGGACUCACUCCACAUCUUUAUCACUUUUACACUUGACUCACAGUUGAACAUAUGAAAUUGUGUCCAUGGAAAAGGAAGCAUUUCAUUGGAAGUGAAAGGUGAUACAAAAUCUCAACAUAGGGUGUCUGAUCAGUGAUGGCUGCUUCAAACAUGGCAAAGGAUCUUGUAGAUGCAACCUCACUCUGCAGAGUGUGAAAAGGGCAGUUGUUCCUUUUGAAAGACAGAGAGACGCCAAGUAGAAAAUGAGCAUUUAGAAAGAAAAGACUUUAUACAUAUUUCGCCAAAAUGUACAAUGUUAGUUGAUAACAUCAAGACCACAGUAGAAAAGCAGUAUUUGGUAAAAAGUGCCAUACUUAUUACUUGCUGUACUUGCCAGGGCUGGGAAUUAAUGCUGGAUUGCAUAUUCCAUCUUACUUAGCAGAGCCAAUGUUGAAGAAUGCUGGGAGUUGCAGUUCAAUCACAUCAAAAGGGCUGCAUGAUUCCCAUCCAUGCUCCAUACAGAGAGCAUGGUGAGGAAGGGAACAUGCACAUUCAUGCUAUUAUUUUAAAAAUCACUUUUCAUUUUUCACUUUUCUUUAAAACAUUAUAUUGUCAUUCAUUUCAAACACUUUUAUAACAUUGGACGGGAAGAUGUAAACAUUCUUAGGUCGCAAGUCUGCAUGACGCAGCAUAGUGUAGUAGUUUCCCAUAAGGAACUGUGGUAUGCUGAGCUGUUUAUUAUUCUUUCUGGACCUACCAUGGACUUCCAAGGUCCUCCAGAGGUCUCAGCAGCUGCUUACAGGGACAUAGCCAGACACUAUAUAAUCCAAUCCUCUUCCUUGCUCUCUCAGAAUGGGGCAGGGGUUGUGGUGGCUGGUAUGCACAGUAUUUCCUGACUUCAAAUUAAUGGCUAUUUUUUUAGUAAGAUGUUUAAUACAGCCAUGGGGACUUCUGGCAUUGACGUAAGCAUGCAAUCCUGACUUUAAAUACCUUUAGCUUUGUCUUUUUCUGAAGAAGUGGAAAGAACAUAUCAUUGCAUAGAACGAAAAUUGUGUUUGUGAGGGAUCUGCUAGUCAGUUUCUGUGAAACAACAGUAAAUAUGUUUGAAGGUAGUUUACAUUUGCUCUGUUGUAGUCUGUACAAUAUUGUCAUUCUUAACUGAUCUACUCUUGAAUUAAUCAUUCUGUCCAUUCUUUAGCAUCAUUUAUCUCACUGUUUGCAAUCUUUUACACACAAUCACUUUUGCCUUGGAUAUUUACUAGAUUACACAAACAGGCUGCAAACUUUUGCAUCAGAUGCACUUCCCACACAAGCAGGUAUUUCAAUCAUGUUUAAGAAAUACCUUUUUAGAUGAAAUAAUAAGUAAAAUUAUAGUUAACCAUAGAGUCUGGAGUGUUAUGGUAAUAUGGCCAUUUUUGGAGAUAACAGUAUUCAAGAUAUUAGCCUAAAGCAGGUUAUAAACAUUAAGUUGCUUAAUUAAAAUGAAAUUUCAGGCUAAAAAAGGUGAGGGUUGCUAACAUAUUCAGACAUUGGUUUCAAUUUUGUUUUGGUUUUCAUUCUCAGAAUCACUGGGCAACACUGACACUCACCAAGUCAACUUCAUGUUGGAACUAAGAAACUUUUAGCUAUUUGCUGGCAUUGAACUUCCUUCUCUAUAUCCAGGCAAAAAUUUCAGAAAGCUUUUAGUCUUUUAGCAACAUAAAGUAACCAUUCUUUUUGUGCAGGCUGCAGAGACACGCAAUUUUGUGUGAGCCCCGAAAAUAGUUGUAUGGUUUUCAUUGUGUUGAUGCAGCUAUUUUGUAAACAGUUUUUCCUAUUAUCCAUACAGCAGAAUUAUCAUAUGACCAUGAGAAAAUGUGCUUUGGAUAGCCUUGCAUAUAGACAAAUGGAAGUCAGUUUCCAAAAUGUCACAGCUUGCCUUCUGAUAUUGUUUAUAACUCCAUAGAUGUCACAUGCCAUAGUUGUCAACUUUGUUUUAGGGUAACUCAUAGGAUUUUCAUGGCAAGAUUUAUUCAGAGGAAGUUUGCUAUUGCUUUCUUCUUAGGUUGAGAGAAUGCCACUUGCCAAGGUCACCCAUUGGGUUCUGUGGCUGAAGGGAAUUCCAGCCCUGGUCUCCCAAGGGAAUACUAGUCCAACACGCUACCUCUAUACCACACUAGCUCAUAUCCAUAUCACUGCUAUCUAACUACAGCUGUAACAGUGUGCAUUGAGUGGGGAGGAGGAAUGCAUUUUCUCCAAAAUUUGUUCAGCUGAUUCACAGAGCUGACAAAGGGUGUAGCUUUUAAGGGCUCCCUGCAUGUAUUAAAGCAUUUUUGUAGCACUAAAUAUUGUAACAUGUGAGUGAGAGUGAAGCAUCUCCAAACAUUCAGAAGGAUGUGGCGGACAUGCUGUAAGGAGGUGAGGAAUGCAUGAAAUAGCUUUAUGCAUUAAGGGCAACCUUGGAAAGAAAAAAAAUAACCCAUUCUUGUUCUCUAGAUUCUUUCUGGAGCUACUUUUUCCAGAAGAUACACUACAGCUGACUUGCAGCCUUAUCCCAAACAUCCUUUCAAGUUGUAUGAACAUCAGUGAUAUCAACUGCCAUGUCAUAAUUUGGUCACAUUAACCUGCUAUAGCAUGAUUUGAGUGCCUGUCAACUAAAGCAGGCUUUCUUUACAUUACAUCCAGCAACUGGAGCCCAUUUCAAAUGCUCUCUAUCUGACUGGUUGGCUAUAGCAAUGUUUUAGGCAUCUUGCUUCAGGCAUCAUUCCUACUGAGUGGAAAGCAUCAUCCAUAGUAUUACCAGGUACUCCAGGAGUCACUUAAGGCAUCAUAUCUGUCCUGUGUUGGUGAUCCAUGGAUGAAGCCACCCUAAGCAUUACAAGUGCAAAUUCUCUCCCAUAUGGAGAUUUCUUCAUGUGGCAGUUGUAGCAUUUAAACUGAAGACUUGAAACGUCAGUACAUGAGCCAUUAUUGGACAGAAUGGUGAUCUUGAUAAUGUCAACUGUCAUGGCUUUCCAGACAAAUAUGCUUGCGUAUACAUCUGGGAACUGAAAUUUCAAGAUGAAAUUGAGUUACAACACAUUUUCCAUAGAAACCUUAAAGAGCAAAUGUAUUAAAGUUCUUUACUGCUG